AUGGGCUCCGACAAGUCGUACCUCAUUGUAGGGGCUGGCGUCUUCGGCGUGUCGACCGCCUAUCACUUAAUCCAGAAAUAUCCCCACGCCUCAGUCACGAUCGUCGACCGAGACGCCUACGAUGCGGACAGCCGCGUCGCCGCCUCGUGGGACUGGAACAAAGUCGUGCGCGCCGACUACGACGACAUCAUCUACUGCCAACUGGGGCUCGAGGCGCAAGACGUUUUCGAGACCGACCCGCUGUGGAAACCCUAUUUCCACAAGACGGGCAUCUUCUGGAUCUGCCGCAGCGACUACGCCCAGGAAGUCAUCGACAACUACAAGAAGCUGGGGCGCAAAGCCGACCUCAAGGCUCUACCUAUCGAGGAGGCCCGCAAACUGUACGGCGGCCUGUUCGAGGACGCCGACUACACGGACGUCAAGGAGGUGCUGGUCAACAAGACCAGCGGAUGGGGCGCGGCCGGCGACUGUUUGCGCGCUGUCACGAAGAAGUGCAUCGACUUGGGCGUCAAGUACGUUACCGCCGAGGUCACGAGCUUACUGUUAGACGGUGGUGGCCGCCGGUGUGUCGGCGUCAGAACCUCGACGGGCCAGAGUCUACGAGCGGCCCACGUCAUCCUCAGCACGGGGGCAUACACGCCCAAAUUGCUCGAGUUGAGUGCUGAGGGCACAGGGAAACCAGAUCUUCGAGCCGACGACAGGAUCGUGGCUGGGGGGAUCACGACGGGCAUGACGAAGCUGGAUGACGCAAGUUACGGCCGGUUCGCCAACAUGCCCGUCGGCGUCCAGGGGUAUACUCCUACGGCAGGCCCCUUUAUCGGCAGCCUCCCGCCCACCGCGGACCGCGAGCUCAAAUGGUGGGGCCAGACCAUCUUCAAAAACACCCACGAAGUAGUCCCCGGCCGUUACAUCUCGGCGCCGCCCGCCCAAAGGGACUACGCGCAGUGGGACGUCUCCGGACGGCUGAAGGAGGACAUCAACCACGCCAACACCGUCUUUUACGGCCGCAAGGGCGCGACCUGGAAGAUGGAGAAGCAUCGGAUUUGCUGGGACGCAUUCACCUCGUCCGGCGACUUCAUCAUCUCCCCCCACGCCGCGGCGCAGGGCCUGUACGUCGCGGCCUGCGGAUCGUUUCACGGCUUCAAGUUCUUCCCCGUGCUGGGCAAGUACGUGGUGCAGAUGCUCGAGGGCGAGCUGGCGCCCGAGCUGAGGGAGAAGUGGGCCUGGGAUCGCGACCGGCCGGAUCCGGCGCUGUUUGCGGAUUUUCCGAGGUUCGAGAUGAGGGAUUUGAUUGAUGGGAAGGAGACGACGCAGGGGCAGAGCCUGGGGCAGUGGCAGGGGCAACCACAGUUGAGGGCGAAGCUGUAA